UGUUGAAAUUUUGACGUGUAACAAAAACUUCUUUUUAGCAACCAUGAUCAAGACCAUUAUACUGAUCGGAGGGCCAAUGAAAGGUACUCGUUUUCGACCAAUGUCCCUGGAGCUUCCUAAGCCCCUGUUUCCUGUCGCCGGGUACCCAAUAAUUUAUCAUCACAUUGAAGCCUGCAGCAAGGUUCCCCAUAUGAAGGAAGUGAUACUGAUAGGAUUUUACCAGCCAAAUGAUGCCUUAAACAAGUUCAUCAGUAGUGUACAGCAAGAGUUCAAAAUCCAAGUCAGAUACCUCCAGGAGUACACAGCACUAGGGACAGCGGGAGGACUGUAUCACUUCAGGGACCAGAUCCUGGCGGGGAAUCCCGACAGCUUCUUUGUGAUGAACUCAGACGUGUGUGGGGACUUCCCUCUCAAGGAAAUGUUAUCCUUCACAGUUCAGAAAGGGGGUGGAUCCCACUGUACAAUACUGGGCACGGAGGCAACAAGACAACAGUCCCUAAAUUAUGGCUGCAUUGUUGAGAACAAAACUACUCAUGAGGUUUUACAUUACGUGGAAAAGCCAGAAACUUACAUCAGUACCAUCAUUAACUGUGGUGUCUACUUGUUCUCCCCCGACAUUUUCUGUACCCUGGAGAAGAUCUUCAAGAAAAACCAGGAAGACAACUACAAUUUCCAGACAGGAAGUGGGUGUUAUUCUGGCUAUGACCCCAGCCUACAGUUGAAUGAGAAGAUCAGAUUAGAGCAGGAUAUUUUUGUUCCCAUGGCGGGCUCCGGGAAGUUGUAUGUCUACCACACUGAUAGAUUCUGGAGCCAGAUCAAAACCACAGGAGCUGCCAUUUAUGCAAACCGACAUUACCUAGCUCUCUAUCAGGACUGGCACAGAGAAAGGCUGGCUAGAAAUGGGGAGCUGAAGCCCCAGAUCAUUGGAGACGUAUACAUCCACCCCACAGCCGACGUCCACCCAACAGCCGUGCUUGGUCCCAAUGUUAGCGUAGGUAAACAUGCAGUGAUUGGAGAAGGUGUGAGGGUCAGGGAAUCCAUUGUUCUAGAGGGUGCUGUUCUACAGGUAAACUUUUAAGAUAUAUUAAAUGCU